GAUUUUUUUCUUACAUUAAUAUUUUGUUAUACACUUUUUAGUAUUAAGGAUAUUUUUGAAACUUGAAAUAGUAUGGGUUUAAGAAAGCACCGUGGCAGAGGUGAUUUUAAAGGAAAAUAUUUAAGUGGAAAAGGAAGAGGAAAUGAUCAGGAGCGACAAGGACAAGAAAAUGAUUUGGAAAUGGAGAAUGCAAAAGAGGAACAAAGUGGUGAAUUUUCAAGAAGAAAAAUUGAAUCAAAUGCUGAGAAAUAUGAUUUGCCUUUACACUCUGAUGAGAGUUCUGGAGAUGAAGAAGUGAGAGAUUUUGAUUACAUAAAAAAUAAUGAAGCUGGUUUGCAUUCACAUUUUAAGUUUAAAGAAGAAAAAGAUUGGGAUGAUGUUCACAGUCCUGAAACGGUAAAUUUUCUUCAGUUGGAUUUGAAUAAAUUAGCAAAAGAUAUUAGUAGUGUUGGAAUAUACAAACUUCUUCAAUUGAAUAAAUUAAAAAAUGAGUGUCAAUAUUGUGUUGAAAGCUUGAAAAAUGAUAUUCUUGAGAAUGAAGAACUAGAUGAUAAAAAUCACUCUAAUGAUUCUCCUUCUAUUGAUUGCUAUGCCAAAGCUUUUGAAGUUUUGAGAGAAAAAAUUGUACCUUGUUCUGAUUUCCACAUUAAAAUAACAAAUUCUAAUCAAACACAAAAACCAAAGAACUGUAGGGAGAAUAAAGGAAGAUCAAUUAUUUAUAAAGAUGCAAGUAAUCAAACUGAAAUUCUUUCAAAUAAAAACUUAUAUAAUAGCUUUGAAUCUAUAAUAAAUUUAAACAAACAAACUUCUGAAGCAGAACUCACAACAAUGGAAAAUCUAGAAUCAGUUAUUAAACAAGAAGAUAAAAGGUUGUCUCAAGAUAUUGACUUAGACAAGCUUUUAGCAAUUUCUGAUAGUCACACAGAUUUUCGUAUUGCCAGUGAAGAACAAAAUAAUCAAGAGGAUUUAUGCGAUUGGUUAGAUGAUCUACUUAAUCGUCCAUGAGACUUUUCGUUAAAGUCAUCUCAAUCACACUUUUUAACUGGAACAUCUUCAGCGCUAACAAACAAAGCAAUUGAGAUACACACUAUUGAUGAUACAGCCAUAUAGUAAACGGAUUGUUUAUAAUCAAGUGUUUUAUAAUCCAUCUUAAUGCUGCGCUUCAUUUCUUGUUUCGCAAACUCAAACUGCAGAACGCAAC